AUGAUGCGCUCUCCGCCCCCUCCCCAAUCUCAGGGAGGUUCGAAUUAUGGGAGUCCUUACGGCCAAAUGGGGGGCCCUGCCCAACAAUCUGGCGGAGGAGGUCCAUUCGCACCUGCGUUCGGCGGCUUCGUGAACGAUCAGACUGCCCAAAUGGGCUUCCAAGUUGGGCAGAAAGCCGUGAUGGCCGGUCAGGAGUAUAUGGAACAAAGCAUAAACCGCUACGUCUCCAUCCCAGCUCUGAAACACUACUUCAACGUCUCUACCCCCUACGUCCUGCGCAAGAUUCUUCUUGUCCUCUUCCCUUGGCGGCAUAAACCAUGGUCUCGAGAACAAAGACCUUCCUCUACAGCUCAAGACCCCAGCACGCCCAACACAGCCUACUCAUACUACUUCCUUCCGCCUCGGGACGAUCUGAACUCCCCGGACAUGUACAUCCCUGUCAUGGCAUUCGUGACAUACAUUCUUCUCUCCACGCUAUUAGCAGGUCUCCGAGGAGCCUUCCAUCCAGAGGUUAUGGGCCUCACAGCCACAGCUGCCUUCGCGGUUGUAGCGGUGGAAAUACUGGGACUCAAAUUCGGGACAUACAUACUGAGCAUAAGCAAUGACAGCCAAUUACUCGACCUCGUCGCAUAUUCUGGAUACAAAUUCGUUGGCGUUAUUGUCACACUGGUCGUAGCUGAGAUACUGAACCGCGGGAAGGGGACAGGAGGAUGGGUAGGCUGGACUGUUUUCACAUAUACAUUUCUGGCUAACGCUUUCUUUCUUCUCCGUUCGCUCAAAUACGUCCUCCUCCCGGACUCUUCUUCCACCCCAGCAGGCGGCAUGCAAACGGUCGACCGCGCGCAGCGAAACCGGCGAACACAAUUCCUCUUCCUAUACAGCUACGUGGUGCAAUUUGUCUUCAUGUGGGUGCUCAGCAGGCAGGAUUCUGCCACUGCCACGGUUGUAGGCAUAAAAACAUAA